AUGUCUGUCAGUAGCCACGAAAACCGAAAGUCUCGCUCCAGCUCCGGCUCCAUGAACAUUCAACUGUUCCACAAGACGUCGCAUGCCGACAGCCUUCUGACCCAGCUCAACCUGCUUCGCAAGCGUAAAGUCUUCACAGACGUUGUCUUGAAAGCCGGUAACCGAGCCUUUCCCUGCCAUCGGGCCGUCCUGGCCUCCUGUAGUCGAUACUUUGAGGCUAUGUUCAGUGGCGGACUGAGGGAGAGCCGUGACGCUGAAGUCAACUUCCAUGAUUCUCUCCAUCCGGAGGUGCUGGAGCUGCUUCUUGAUUAUGCCUACUCAGCACGAAUCAUCAUCAAUGAGGAAAAUGCGGAGUCCCUACUAGAGGCUGGUGAUAUGCUUCAGUUCCAUGACAUCAGAGAUGCAGCUUCAGAGUUUCUAGAAAAGAACCUUCACCAGUCCAACUGUCUCGGAAUGAUGCUGCUGUCAGACGCCCAUCAGUGCCAGAGACUGUACGAGUUGUCUUGGCGUAUGUGUUUGGCAAACUUCGCUACCCUCUACAAAACCGAAGACUUCCUGAACCUUCCCAGAGACAAAGUGCGCGAGCUGAUCCUCAGUGAGGAGCUGGAGGUAGAGGACGAGAGCCUGGUUUACGAAGCUGUAAUCGACUGGGUCAAGGCAGAUAUGGAGCAGAGGCACAGUGAGCUGCCAGAACUGCUGCGCUGUGUACGUCUCGCGCUUCUACCAGAGACAUACCUGCUCAACAACGUGGCUUCAGAGGAGCUGGUCAUGUGUCACAAGGUGGGCCGUGAGAUCGUCGAAGAUGCUGUGCGUUGUAAGAUGAGGAUCCUCCAAAAUGAUGGCAUCGUGACGGGAUUCUGUGCACGGCCCAGAAAAGUCAGCCAGGCUUUGCUUCUGCUUGGUGGACAAACUUUUAUGUGUGACAAAGUCUAUGUGAUUGACAACAAGACCAAAGAGAUCACCCCAAAAACUGACAUUCCUAGCCCCAGAAAGGAAUGUAGUGCCUGUGCCAUCGGUUGUAAGGUUUAUGUCACUGGAGGGCGUGGUUCUGAGAAUGGGGCCUCCAAAGAUGUCUGGACCUACGACACUUUGCAUGAUGAGUGGUCCAAAGCGGCGCCCAUGUUAGUUGCCAGAUUUGGACAUGGAUCAGCAGAACUGGACCACAUACUCUACGUUGUGGGAGGGCACACUUCGCUUGCAGGAUCCUUUCCAGCCUCGCCGUCCGUCUCACUCAAACAGGUGGAGCAAUAUGACCCGCAGACCAACAAAUGGACGCUGGUUGCACCUCUCAGAGAAGGCGUGAGCAACGCUGCUGUUGUCGGUGCUAAAAACAAGCUGUUCGCCUUUGGAGGAACCAGCGUUAACAGAGACAAAUAUCCCAAGGUUCAGUGCUUUGACCCAUGUCAGAACCGGUGGUCCGUUCCAGCAGCGUGUCCUCAGCUUUGGCGCUACACAGCGGCAGCGGUAGUGGGAAACCACGUCGUAGUGAUCGGGGGUGACACAGAAUUCUCGGCCAGCUCUGCAUACCGUUUCAACAGCGAGACGUACCAGUGGUCAAAGUUCGGCGAUGUGACAGCCAAACGGAUCAGUUGUCAUGCGGUGGCAUCAGGCAACAGACUUUAUGUGGUCGGUGGGUACUUUGGGGCUCAAAGGUGUAAGACCCUAGACUGCUAUGAUCCAUCGUCAGACUCUUGGGACAGCGUGACCAGCGUUCCUUACUCACUCAUUCCCACGGCCUUCGUCAGUACAUGGAAGUACCUGUCAGCUUAG